GCUGCACCGUCACCAACCGCCUCUUCACACCCUCCUCCCUCGACCGGCGUGCCUACUCUCUGCUCCCUCCGCGCACGCCUGUUGCACACCCACCCUCCUGAGCCCGCGUGCCGGCGUGAAACACGUGGGGCUCGCGUACUAGGCUGUUUGUUUGUUCGCAGACGCCCAGCGACGCACGCGCCUUGUCCGUGUCCCGCAUUCUUUCGCAGCUCCCUCCCCCGCCGAUGUCUCCCCCCGCGGCGCUCGCAGACAGGAGGGCCCACAGACUCGCCCCGGCAACCAAAAAGCCCAGGAUGCCGCUCACCACAGAACCCAGCCUCAACGCCCGCGGCACAGCGGCCCACGACCGGACGGACGGCAGGCGCAGGGCGAAGCAGGUCCGCGACGACACGCCCACCGCCCCCGCCCAGGCCCACAGACACAGCGCAGCGAGCCACGCCCACAGACGGCAGAGGUCCUCCAUCGCGCUGCCUUCUGGCGCGGUGUCGCAGGCGCCGGUAAGGCCGUCCGUCGUGGGUGUCUAUGGAGACCAGCCUGAACAGACCGCCACGACUCCUCCAACGCCCAUGCUGGAAAAAUCCCCUAUUCCGCAAGAGGACGAGCAGGAGCAAGGUAAAGGACACGACGGGGAGUAUGAACACGUCGCUGCGCGACUAUCCGCCUUCUCCUUUGCGUCCAAGCCUGCAGCAGGGCCGUUUCCGCCCCAACGUCGUCAGCCAGCCAGGCUGGGCUCCCAGUCCAUAUUAGGACAUGAACUUGUGUCCUCGCCUCUUUCGUCCCCAACAUCUCCACGCCGCUUCUCAAACACCUCUUCGAGACCACCCAGUCUCCUACUGGCUCGUCCACCUUCCAAUGCACUCUCCCCUCCCAGAUCAGCCGCUGGUCCUUCAUCACCUCCUGCGCAAACAAAGAAGAAGCGACACUCCCACACCCGCUCAAAUUCCAUCUCUUUACCAAACAUCAAACUCCAAAAUGCUGCCUCCCGUCCCAGCUCUUUCAACGUUCUCCACUCUCCAUCCGUUGGCUCUCCCGUCUCUCCCACCUCGCCCCAUGGUGAAUCAAAACCAUCGAGACUGGCAGGGCUAAACAGCCAAAGACUCAAGUUUGAACCAUCGGGCCGGGGCGCAGAGGCUGAAAAAGAGAAGGAAGAGUCCAGACGUCGAGCUUUGGAAAAGCUUACCGGGUCUGAAUCGCGAUCAACAUCUCCGUUCGUCGAGUCGCCGGUAGCAGAAAUUAGUCUUCCUGAUUUGGAUGACGAAGAUUCUUCGUCUGUGGCCUCAUCCAACCGUCCGCUUUCGGGUGCUUUCGGCCAACCCACAUUUUCAUGGUCCAAUCAACCGUCCUUCUCGUUUCUCCCCUUGCCAUUAGGAUCGUCUUCCCCCUCGCCACUCUCCGCAUCACCCUUCUCUGGGGCCUCGCCGGCCGAUGGGCAGUCAGCCGACACGCCGGAAAGGUGUUCAGGCCAAUCUUUCGGCCUUCCCCACGGUUCCUUAUCGAUGUCCGGUCCUAAAGAAGACCCGCUGGAUUACGGGAUGGAAGUCAACGAUGCGAGCAUAGGGAAGAGGCCGACGAUGAAUAGGCAAUUGAGUGCUUUGCAAGAAGUUGACGAGUCGGAAGAAGACGAAGAGAAAAUGCUGGGAAACGUACAGGAAGAAGCGGAGGAAGAGGAUACAGCUGCACCUGUCGUGCCGACCAUUCCUCCCGAGAAUGCUCCACAAGACCCCGAAUCUGCGGUAUCCCCUUCAGGCCUGAGGGAGCUUCGUCUGUCUUCAAGUAUAUCCUCCCCGCGUCAUUACAAAACUCCGUCCUCAUCGGACAGAUACUCCUUUCCCCAAUCACUUACUUCCCCUCCACCUUCAGCUGGAAGCAUAGGCUCAUCCUCACCGACGAAAAGUUAUGGUACGAUAGGUCGAGGCCGCCCUAACCGAUCUAACAGCGACGCUGGCAUGUCCAACCACCGUGGCCCAACACCGAAAAGAACCACGUCAAACGCGGGCUCUAGAGGGUCAAUUUCAUAUAAAAAAGAUGCCUCGUCUUCCGGCAGCAAGGAACUCGGAGAGCUUAUCGCUAGCCCGUCCCUAACCUCAGGCUCGACAGUCUCAGGGGGGAACAACUCUUCUAUAAAGGGAAUAUGGGCAAAUACAGUCACUCGGGGGAUGAGGCCCUGUCCCAGAGUGCGCCUGACAGGAGAUGCUGGCUCUGGGAGAGUUUUGACCGAGGUUAACGAGAUGGAAGAGGAAGGUUCUUUAGAGAGGCGUCGUUCCGCUUCUGCGCGUAUCGAUCUUGCGCGCUCCUCCAUUGAGAGUGGCCGUCCUAGCUCUGAACUUUCUCGAGACUCUCUAGACCGCUCAUAUUGGAGCGAUGUUCAGCUUGAUAUGGAGCGUGAAAACGAAAGUCUGAGGGAUGAGUUGGGUUUUUGGAAAGAAAAGUGUCGUACGUUGGAAGAAAGGCUAGAUAGUGAAAGAAAAGAGAGCGUCGUGCUUAGAGAACGUGUCAGAAAGUUGGGCGAUCGUCUCUCAAGCAUUUCUUCUCUUCCCACCGAGAGAUCCGACAUUUAUUCCCAGUCUCAACAAGCAGCGGAAUCUCGGUUAAUAGCACAAAUGAGGGAGCAGUUGUUCACUCUUACUGGAAAGCUGCAGCAAGAGCACCGGGCAAAAGAGAUGGCAUUGGUCAAGCUGAACGAUUUGCGUGGCCACGUAGCAGCCCAAGGUCAUCAUCAGCUUACAGGACGCACGGAGCAAGAUGAGGAUUCCGGUGAUGAGAUUCUCUUAUCCAGAUCAGCGACCUCACGGGAGACUACGCCGAGUCUGACCCCUCCUCAAACCGACCUUCCUACGUCCCCCGCUCUUGCCUCCCCCAAGCCCUUUACCAUCGACAAGGUUGACGAUUCCGAAUCGUCUAUUUCCAAACGCUUUACCCCCGAUUUCACUCGUCUCAAGUCUUGGGGAUUCCCCGCCACACCUCCUACUGGAAGUGACAACGUUCCUGAUAGCAAGGAGAAGAAGCGCGAAUCCUUUUUUGGUUUAUCGAAUCCCCUCAGGAGAGCGUCAUCAGACGAUGGACCGAGAAUUAGCGAGGGGAUCGAUUUGCCGCCUUUUGUGGUUGACGAAAAUACCCCAGGUGUCUUUCCAGCUUUGGUGGCUGGAGACCUUCCUACUCUUGGUGGUGGUGUCAAUGUCAGAGCGGUGUCGGACCCUACCAGCUUGCAAAGCUAUGGCAGGGAUACCUUAUCAGAUCUACCCGGUAUCGGGCCCGCACAGUUUAGAAUACCCACCAUCACCGUCAAUGAUGGUGGUGCGUUUCGUGCGGCUGGGGUAAUGUGCAGCGGAAUACUUGAUUUCAGAAAGGGGUGCAGAUGCUGUGUGGGAGAUGUUGUCGAAGUGUAAAAAUGUGAGCGUGGAAUAGCGUAUUUGUGAAUAAAUAGUAUAAUAAUUUCAGAGAGGGGUAAAAGAACCCAUACAUCAUGGGACCAGGAUGCUAGACGGACGAUAGGUGAUUAGAGCAGACAAAAAUCAUCUUGUUGAUAAUAUAAUACAUUACAGAGCCUAUCCAUUUUAUAUCUGCAUCU